ACAUCCCUCGGGAGAGGCCAGGCAGGAAAUUCCCACUUCCCUGGUGCCUGGAAAUCCCUCUCCUCCCGCAGGUGCUUCCUCGGGGCCUCCCCUGCUCUGUCCUCAGCCCCAGCGCCCCUGCACCCGUCAGACAGGAGCAGAGCCCACGCCAGGGCUCGGCCCUUCCUGAGCCUGUGGCCCCACCAGCACAGGGACGAGGGAAAUGAUGGAUUUCCUCCGGCUCCUCACACUCUGGAGGACCCAGAGCUGCUCCCAGUCCCCAACGAGGUCCCCUGGCCCCGGCUCCUCUCCUCUUCCUCCCCUUCUCAACUCAGGGAAAGCUGCUCCCAUUCCCUGUGCCCCAGCCAGGGCAGGACACGGGGCAGGAGGCCCCAUCCCUGGCAGUGCUCAAGGCCAGGUUGGACACAGGGGCUUGGAGCAAGCUGCUCCAGUGGAAGGGGUCCCUGCCCGUGGCAGGGGUCGGAGCUGGGUGAGCUUUAAGGGCCCUCCCAACCCAAACCAGGCUGGGAUGCUGAGAUUCUAUGGCACAGACACCCAUGGCAGGGGGUCAAAGGCUUCCUCCCCCUCCCCACAGCCCCACCACCGAUUACCCUGGGCUUUGAGGCUAAUGCCCAACACCUGACCAGCUUAUUCUCCUGAGUCUAUUAUCAGCUUUAGGACCAAAGACAUCUGCUCCCCAGCACCCUUCCGCAUUGCUGGAGUCCUCAAGCCUGGAGCAGGAGAGCAAGACCGCAGCCAACGGCAUCUCCCCUUGGAUGGGUCUCUGAGCAUCUCCACUGCUGAGAGGGGCAGCCCCUCGUCCCCAGAGGGCAGAAUGGCUCAGGACAUGACAGAGAAGGAGCUGCUGAAGAUGGAGCUGGAUCAGCUGAAGAAGGAGGUGAAGAACGAGAGGCAGAUGAUCUCCAAGACCGGCAAAGAGCUCAAGGAGUACAUCGAGUCCAUGGCAGGAGAGGACCCGCUGCUGAAAGGAGUCCCCGAGGACAAGAACCCCUUUAAGGAGAAGGGUGGCUGCACAAUAAGCUGACCCCACUGCUGCUGUCACCGCGGGGCACAGGGACGCUCCCAUGUGCAAGCCAAGACUGUCCAACCCUGCUUUCCCUGUAGUCUGCCCUCGGCACCGGGGAGUCCGGAACCCAAGCGUAGCCUCAGGGCCAGCAAGAGCAGCAAAGCAAAGAAGAACCCCCCCCAUUACCCCAGUGGCACGGAGAUGAGGCUCAGCAGCCAGCACGGCGCCGGCUCUCGUGCUCCCACAGCUCAGCUGCCCUCGGCUUCCUGCAGGCAAAACUUGUGCAUUCGGAGCAGGCAGCAGCACCCUGGGCUCUACCGAAACCACGGCGCUGGGCUCAAGCAGCCCAGGUCCGGAGCUGAGCCCCGCUUGCUGCAGCAGAGCCGUGCCCGAGUCAGCUCCUCCCCGUGCCUCAGGCACAGGAGGGGUAAUUCCCAUGCUCCGAGGCCAGACCCCACCGCUCACUCUCGCUUCCUCCCCUGGAACCCCCCCGGCAGCCACGGGAACGCAAGGCCAGGUCCUGCCCGCGCCCAUGGGGCUCUGAGCACUGCCCCUGCUUCCCAUCAGCUCCCUGCUGCUGCCACCACCC